AAUUUUAUCCUUUAUUUUUAACUACAUCACAUAGACAUGAUCAAGAUUAUAAUUACUACCAAAUCUUAGAAGAAAUAUGUACAAGAAAUAUAUCACCAGCUACUUUACAAAAAAAUGAAGAAAAAAUAAGAAAUCCAUCAUUACAAACUCCUAUAAAUACUACACAUAUUGUUAGUUUUCGUUCUAUUGCAGACAAUAUAAAUAGAAUAGCUUGUUCAUUCUUACCUUUUAAUUCUGAUGAAUUAGAACCUAUUAUUUUAAUAGCAGUUGACUAUAUUAAUAAUCAGAAAUAUGAUCUAGCAGAAAAUAAUCACAAUUUUC